AUGCCAGAAACAAAGCGAACUAUUCUUGUCACCGGAGGCACUUCUGGCCUUGGCUACCAUGCCACUACCAACCUUGCCCGCCAACACCCAGACAACACUAUUAUAAUAGCAUCUCGAAGCGAUUCAAACUCGGCAGCUUCUUCCAUACGACAACUCACAGGACAUCAGGACGUCCAUUUCCUCCCGCUCGACUUGGGCAAUUUGCAAAACAUCAGAUCCUUUGCCAUUGCCAUCUCCGAGAGAGGUACACCGCCAAUCUCCAUACUGUUGUUGAACGCCGCGAUGCAGUUCCCCGAUGGUAUCAAGUACACUAUUGACGGCUUUGAAGCAACAUUUGGCAUCAACCAUGUUGGGCACGCGCUCUUGUUCCAUCUUCUCCGGUCAUUUCUUGCAGACAAAGCCCGGGUCGUCGUAACGGGCAGUGCAUCGCACGACCCGGCGCAAAAGACGGGUGUGCCGGAUGCAAACUAUACUUCUGCAGAAGAAUUAGCACAUCCAGUUGGCGAGGCAGUCAAAAACACCGGAAUGCAGCGGUAUGCAACAAGCAAACUGUGCAAUGUCAUAUGGUCGUACGCCUUGCAUCGCCGAUUCGCUAGCAUUCCUGGCAAGCAAUGGACUGUCGUGGUGUUUGAUUCUGGCAUGAUGCCUGGCAUGAUGCCUGGCACAGGCUUGGCCCGUGAAGCAGGACCUGUCUUCAAAUUUGUCUGGCAUCGUGUGCUCCCCAGGCUCGUCCCAUUCCUGCGUCGAGUCUUGUCCUUCAGUGUUUGGACAGCCCAGGAAUCGGGGUCAAAUUUGGCUUGGGUUCCAUCAGAAGAGUCCACUAGCGGUGUAUACUAUGAUGCAAGGACUCAGAUCAAGUCUAUUAGCCUCUUGCUCCUGGGGAGCAUGUUUCUGGCGGCGGCAAGUGUAAGCCAUCAUGCGGGUUAG